UCUUCUUCUACCAAUCCUUAAAUUUCAUUUCCUUCUCUCCAACCUACUCUUCCCCACCUUGAUUUAAUUAAGUUUUAAUUAUCAUCUUCAUCUUCUCUCCCUUUAUAUAUUUUGCUCUUUCUGCUUCAUCCCCAUCACCAUUUUCCCUUCUUCCCCUUGUUUCUGUUUCUUCAACAACGGGAGUUUGUUUUCAGCUAGGUCGAAGUUACUUGACCAUUAAGGUUUAAAUUUGUACGGAGGGAGGAGAAAGAUGAGCCGUAGGAGUGGACCCAAGCUUGAGUUGAAGCUUAACUUAUCGCCGCCGAGGGUUAAUCCGAGAGUGGAAUCAUUGAGCCGAUCGGCAACCAUGUCACCGACAUCUCCUCCGAGCUCAUGUGUGUCGUCGGAGAUGAACCAGGACGUCGAUACUGGUAACGUCGGAUAUUCGAGCAGCCCCGAGGCAACAUCCAUGAUUCUGGUGGGGUGCCCGAGGUGCUUGAUGUACGUUAUGCUUUCGGAGGAUGACCCUAAAUGCCCCAAAUGCAAGAGCGCCGUUUUGCUAGAUUUCUUCCAUGACACCGCCGCAACAACCACCGUCAAAUCCAGGAAGGGCUGAGCCGGAACCAUGAAUCACCUUUCUUUCUCGUCCUCAGCCUUUCGCUAAUAUUAAUGUUGACUAGUAGACGAACUGGUGUUUAUGGGUAGCAGGUGUCUUAGUUUAGAGUUCUUCCAUCUUUAGCAGAUGACUAUGUAAAACCGGUUUAACUGCAACUACCCAAGUUUUCUUUUGAGAAAGAAGAUAUAAAUUUUUAUAUUGUUCGAA